GAUCACGUGAAACACGCGUAGAAAGAAAUGUAUGCAAGUGUUUAAUGCGGCGGACCAGCGACAAGCCGUAAGCAUUUGUAGAGACGCGGAACAGCUUCGUGCGGAGGGUGCUUGGGCCCGGGCUCAACAAGAGAAGGGAGAUCAACUUGAGGAAAAAAUCCAUUAUGCUGGCGCUCUGGGCGGUCCUCGUUGCUUUCCCGAUCGUCGCUUCCCGACCACAACGCGGCCCCUACAAACCGGAUUGGGAGAGUCUGGACAAGCGGCUGCUGCCUCCUUGGUACGAUCAAGCCAAAUUCGGCAUUUUCGUGCACUGGGGGGUGUUCGCGGUGCCCGGUUUCGGCAGCGAGUGGUUCUGGUGGCACUGGCAAGGAAAUAAAGAUCCAGCUUAUGUGAACUUCAUGAAAAAGAACUAUCCACCGGGCUUCAGCUAUGCAGACUUCGCCCCCGAGUUCAAGGCGGAGUUCUUCGACCCGGAGGAAUGGGCGGACCUUUUCCGGGACUCUGGAGCCAAGUAUGUUGUCCUUACAACCAAGCACCAUGAAGGAUUCACUAACUGGGGUUCACCCUCGUCAUGGAACUGGAAUUCAGUUGAUGUAGGACCGCAUCAGGACUUAGUUGGUGAAUUAGGUGAUGCUGUAAGAAAAAGAGGAAUGCACUAUGGUGUGUAUCAUUCUCUUUUUGAGUGGUUUCAUCCUCUCUAUCUCUCUGACAAGAAAUCGGGAUUUAAAACCCAAGAUUUUGUCUUCAGUAAAGCAAUGCCUGAGCUUUAUGAUCUCGUCACAAGGUACAAGCCGGACGUAAUCUGGUCAGAUGGAGAUUGGGAAGCACCCGAUUCUUACUGGAAUUCUACUCAAUUCCUAGCUUGGUUGUAUAAUGAGAGCCCUGUCAAGGACUCGGUAGUCACAAAUGACCGUUGGGGUGCUGGGUGCUCCUGUAAACAUGGUGGGUUCUAUAAUUGUGCUGACAAAUACAGUCCAGGUCAGCUUCCCUCUCACAAGUGGGAGAAAUGCACCUCAGUGGAUAUGCUGUCCUGGGGCCAUCGCAGAAAUAUGAAGCUGAACCAGCUUCUUGACCUGCCUUCCAUUAUACAGGAUUUGGUGCAGACAGUCAGCCUGGGUGGUAACUACUUGCUCAACGUGGGACCAUCUGCUGAGGGUACUUUAGCAGUAGCUUUUGAGGAGAGGCUUCGAGGAGUUGGGGCUUGGCUUGACUUGAACGGUGAUGCCAUUUACUCCUCCCAGCCAUGGAGAGUACAGAAUGAGAAUGUCACAGUUCCUAUCUGGUACACUUUUAAAGACAGUAACGUUUAUGCCAUCUUUUUCACAUGGCCAUCGGACAACACAUUGCAGCUAACGACACCCAAAGUCUCCCCCUCGACAAAUGUGACAAUGCUUGGGAACCCCGGCCUCCUAAAAUGGACCCCCAUGGGACAAACAGGACUGAAUGUGAUUUUGCCUUUUCCUUUUUUAACAUCCCAAGCCUGGACACUUAAACUGCAGGGUGUUGCAUAAUGAAAAAGAAAUCAACAGACUGAAUCAGCAAUGUGUAUUGUGACUAGAUGUGUGAGAAUCAAAUGAAAGAUGUGACGGACAAAUGUUUUAUUUUCAGGCUUUACCUGUGCUGAUGUGCAACCAAUAAAUAUGAUUUCUUUACGAAUUUAAAGAUGUUCAACUGAGGCAGAAUCAAAAAUUAUUACAGAUCUGUGCACUGAAUCUAAAAGGAACAGAUAUUAACAUAAAUAGAACUGCAAUUGCAACAUUAGAGGAACCAAUUGUUAAGAGUGAUUUAAAGAGUAAAAUCAUUGUACUCUGGUAAAAGCAUCAAGCUAAAGACAUUUGUCAUGAAACCGAGGUGUAAAAACAAUCACAGUAUGUAUCCUGAUCACUAAUCAGAACUGUGAAUUUGAAAUGGUGACUUACUUCAUGGUGAAAUGAAAUAGUGACCACAUUUGUGACUUACUAAAGAGGCUAUGUUUUUGCAUACUAAACCAAAAAUAUAUAUUUUUUAAAUUUCCA